UAAGAGGAAGAGAACAUACAGUAAUGGAGUAUAUGAGUACUGAUAGCGAAAAUAAGGAAGAAAUUGACUUACUGCUGACAGAUUUAAAUAUGUCGGACGUAAUUGACAUCAUGGAGAACCUUUAUCCCAAAGGUGACCUGACAAUUUACAAAGACAGCCUCAUUGCUCUGCAUCCGGAAAAGAACAAUAAUGAGGAACGGACCGAAUCUUUGCUGUUCAGCCGAAGAGAAGUUUCUUUGCUUUCGUGUGUCAAGUAUGGGACUGUGGAAGAUCUACUUGCAUUUGCCAAUCAGGUGUCAAACACUGCAAAGCAAAUAUGCCCGCACAGGAGACAAGAAUCUGGAAUCAUAUUAAACAUGGUAUGUAUCAAACCCAAAAAUGGGCGUUAUAAGAUUGACUCAGAUGUGCUUCUAUUUCCUUGGAAGCUAACCUACAGAAAUAUUGGGACUGAUUUUAUUCCAAGGGGAGCUUUUGGGAAAGUAUACUUGGCACAAGAUACAGAAACCAAAAAGCGGAUGGCUUGCAAGCUGGUCCCAGUGGAGCAGUUCAAGCCAUCAGAUGUUGAAAUCCAAGCCUGUUUUCGCCAUGAAAAUAUUGCUGAACUUUAUGGAGCUGUCUUAUGGGAUGAGACAAUCCAUCUCUUUAUGGAGGCAGGAGAAGGAGGCUCUGUGCUAGAAAAGAUAGAAAGUUGUGGGCCUUUGAGAGAAUUUGAAGUCAUCUGGCUGACAAAACAUAUUCUCAAAGGACUUGAGUUUCUUCACUCAAAGAGAGUUAUUCAUCAGGAUAUCAAACCAAGCAACAUUGUUUUCAUGUCUACCAAAGCUGUUUUAGUGGAUUUUGGACUUAGUGUUCAAAUGACAGAAGAUGUUUACUAUCCCAAAGAACUUCGAGGAACAGAGAUCUACAUGAGUCCAGAAGUGAUUCUCUGCCGAGGCCACAAUACAAAAGCUGACAUCUACAGCCUAGGAGCAACCAUCAUCCAUAUGCAAACCGGCAUUCCACCAUGGGUCAGUCGAUAUCCUCGUGCAGCCUAUCCCUCCUAUCUCUACAUAAUCCAUAAACAGGCUCCGCCACUUGAGGACAUUGCUGAGGAUUGCAGUGCUUCUAUGAGACAAUUAUUGGAAGUUGCUCUUGAAAGGAACCCCAACCAGAGACUUUCUGCUACAGAAUUGCUCAAACAUGAAGCCUUGCACCCAUCGCGGGAGGAACAGCCUCGGUGUCAGAGUUUGGACUCAGCUCUUUUUGCACGAAAGAAGUUGCUGGAGAAGAAUGAGUCGGAACUCUCUGAGAAUAUUUCAGAUUCUUCAAGUCUUCGAAUUACUGAGGAAUCGGAUUUGCUCAGGAGACAACGUUCAUUAUAUAUAGACCUUGGAGCAUUAGCUGGCUACUUUAAUAUUGUCCGGGGACCAACAGCAUUAGAUUAUGACUAGAUUUGAGGAUCUCUCAUGUGUAACUGAACAGGAAUAGUAUAUAUAGAGAGAUAGGAGAGAGAGAAAAGCUUUAAUUGGCUGUGCUUGGAUUCUUUGAACACUUAACAAUGUUUAAUGAAUGUACUGGAUGAAUUCCGUUGCUACUUCUAAUCACUUCCACAUCCCAGUGCUCUGGUAAUUGAUUUUUAAUACAGUUACACUGAUUGGUUUGCUUUGGUUAUGACUGAAAUAAUCAUCUCCUUUUUAAAUAAUAUUUUGAGACUUUUUUUUGUCAUACUUCCUAGUUUUCAGUGCUGUUGCAAUGACCUCCUUUUUUCAGACUGAGGGUGUGGCAAAUUUAAGAAUUCUGUAUAUAAGCUAAGAACAUUUCCAAGAGAACAUGACUGAAUUCAACGUCACUUAGUUUCCUAAUUAAUAUGUAUUGUUUAAUUCAUGUAUAUCUACUGGUUUUGAGGAAGAAAACCCCUAUUGCUUCUUGCACCUCCUGUUUAAAUUUUUAUUUAUCAAGCUGCUAGACAGAGAAUUGUCAAAAUGCCUGUUCCCGGUGCUGGCUGCAAAUAUUUUCCAUCAAAAUAGUUCUUUGGCAUGAAUGGGAACUAUGCCAGUUCUUGAGAUAAACUCUGUCAUGUGAAUGUAAAUUACACAAAGACUUAGUAACUGUAAUCAUAGGCUAUUUGAAUGUUAAUACAUUGUAUGAUGACUCAUGAGGGUGAGCUUAAUUUAAUCUAAGAACUAUGUGUUAAAAAUAGACAUGUAGUUAGGUGUUAUGAUUGUUUUAUUUCCUAUGGGAAGAAUACCUCCUUUUGUUUUUGAAGAUUUGAGUGCAUUUAAAACAGUGUUUUGAAUGAUAGUAAAACUAGUUCAAGAACAAAGCUUUGUACAUCCUGUGGGAUGAAUACAUCAACUUUUAUAAAACAGUUUAGUAGUUUAUUAAGCUAUUUUUUUAAGAGGCAUACUAUGUAUGUUAUAAACAGAGUGGUUAACAACAUCAUAGUUUAGAUUUUUUAUUUAAAUGUCUUUGUAUGGAGGGAUUUGUAUCAAUUUCUUGAAGUCCUAAUUCCUGAA